AUGCUGAGCGGCCGGCAGCAGCAGCAGCAGCAGGCGGACGCCGCCCCCGCCCGCCUCGGAGCCGCCUCGCUGUGUCGCCGCGAGCCGGCGCUGCCCGCCGUGCUGCUGGAGGCCCGCGGCCGCGCGCUGGACGGCUGCCGCGCCGCCUUCCGCUACGACCGCUGGAACUGCUCCCUCAGCAUAGCCGGACAAUCCGUCUUCGCCAAGCAGUUCCGCGAGACGGCGGCGCUGCAGGCGGUGUCUGGGGCGGCGCUGGCCGACGCCGUGUCCCGCGCGUGCGCGCGCGGCCAGCUGAGGCGCUGCGGCUGCCCCGCGACGGCCGACAGCCGGCGCCUGCUGCGCGAGUCCGGCACCUGCCCCGAGGGCGCCGUCGCCGCUGCCGGCCGCCGCCUCGCCAGGCGCUUCCUGCUGCCCGCGGGCGCCGCCACCGAGCCCGCAGAUGCGCGCGAGACCGUGCUGCGGCACAACCUCGCCGUCGGCAUGCAGGUGGUGGAGGAGCAGCUGGAGGAGACGUGCCGCUGCCACGGCGUGUCGGGGUCCUGUGCGGCCAAGACGUGCUGGCGGCGGCUGGCGCCCUUCCCGCGCACCGCGGACGCGCUGCGGCGACGCUACCUGUCGGCCCGGCUGCUGCUCGUCCCCAACUCGCACCGCGACCUGCGACGAGCCCACAGGACACUCGAGAAGCAGUCCAGCCUCGCCUUCCCUCCCAUGACAGCUACACCACAGCUGGUCACACCAGCUCUUAUCACAUCGGGAGCUUGUCCACAAUCUCUGCUGGGCUCCGCACUACCAGGAGGGGCUCUACGGUGGCAGUCAACUCAGUAUGUGUCAACUACCACCUCUAGUAAGUUGCUGACAGAACCAAGUAUGAGUGUAUCUGCAGAAGAUGUCAGAGAAUUUUAUGAGAAUGAGGAACUAAGUAGUGACAUGGAGACAAACACGAAAGGUGAAAGAAGAGACUGA